AUGGCUUCUUCUUCUUCAAAUCAAUCACAACAACAACAACCAAUUAAUUAUUCAGCUGAUGCUCCAACAACGACAUCAUCUAGUACAACGACUAAAAAUUCAGUACAAUUCGAUGAGGAUUUAUUUCUUUUUUUACCUCGUCUUGGAGAUAUUCUCAAGAGUUUCGAUAAAAAUCCCAAUGAAUUCAAAGCUAAAUUAGAUGAACUACGAAAACAAUUUGAAUCUUGUCAAGAUAUGAUCUCACGAGUUGAAGGUAUUGAUACAACACUUGAUGAUCAACGUACUGAACUCGACAGACUUGACAAUGAAUUAAAAUCAAAAACUGAAUUACUUAAAAAACAUAUUCAAAUGUGUAAAUUUGAUUUAAAUAUGCCACCGAAAGUACAACAAAUUCCAUCUGAAAAUGAAGAUGAUCUAGUACAUCAUUCAUUACAAAAUCCAACAAAUGCAAUGAAUAUUAAUGAUGAUGAUGACGACGAUGAUGAUCUUUUUCAUUCAGAUGAUAAUACUAAUUUACAUCAAGAAACACAUAAUGAAAAUCUUUCGUCUUUUUUUUCUUAA